AUGCAAAAAACUGCCCACAUCACAUUUACUGAGCAAUCAGCUGUUCAACGUUGCAUGGAAAAUGAACGACGGCAAACCUAUAUGAUCGAUGGAUAUCCUGUAACUGUUCAGCGAUGGAUGCGGACUGGAAUUCUGUUCGAAAGGACAAAUCGUUUAUUGAUUUUUGUUAAACCAAGUAGUUCAGGUUGUACAUUAGAUGAAAAAGAACUACGUAGCUAUUUUGAAACAAAUUAUGGUCCAGUGAAAACUUUCGGCUGGACGUUGGAGAACGUGGCAACAAUCGAAUUUGACGAGUGA